UCCGCUAGCUGUCAGCGUCUGAAGAGUUUCAGAUCAGAAUCAAAUACUUGUUAUUAGAGAGAGAGGGGACAUUCACACCAUAUUCUACCUCCUUGUGUUUCAGCAAACAGAAGAGAAAGAAUCCCCUUCCCCUUUUUGCUCAAACUGACUUUCCACCGUCCUUUCAAAUAAUCCAAAACACCUUUUUUUUGGCAGCUGCCGGCCUCACCUCUUUAAUCUCGACUGUUCUUUAGUGGCGCCAUGUCUCAGAAGUCGCAGUCAGACGGCGGUCAGAAACAUUUUGCUGCCGGUCGAGGACUUCUGGCCGCCGCUGAGACUUUAAACUACAGCAUGACCGAUCAGAGAUCCAAUCGGCAAAUGGGGGGGGUUUCGAUGUCCUCAGGUGUUGGUAGUGGUGUUGGCAUCAUGGAGAACCAGGAGGGGGGCGGUUCCCAAAUGUCGCGUCGAGGCCAUAUCAGCAACACCAUGAAGCUUUUUGCCAGUUUGGGUCUUUCUCCCUCCGACCUGGACGCUUUGGCUGACAUCCCCGAGGAGGACAUCAGCGUGGAGUCACUGCCUCGAAUCCUCAUGCAGCUGAAAAGCCGAAAAGUGGACGUUGGAGAUCGGAGAGCGACCGCUUCGAGUAUGAAUUUGGACGCAGGGUACCGAGGAGGAGGAGGAGGAUGGGAGGGGAGGAUGGGUUCUUCUUCUUCUCUGGGUUCUUCACAGCCCUCUGCAGACUUUGGGUUCGGGUCGAUGCAGGAGUCAAGCCAGGGAUUUGGGGUAAACUUCGGAGGUGGUGGAGGUGGAGGAAGAGAGAGGCCGUUUUCUGAUCUUUCCGAUCGAGAGUCCUACGGCGGUUCGACCCCGUCCGACCCCUUCCUGCCGCGGAGGAUGGGAGCGCUGCCGUCCAACGGGAAGAUCCAGGACUUCUUGGGAUCCACGCCCAACAUGUUCCCCCACGUGUGCUCUCUUUGUGACUUUGACGUUCACUCCACCAUGGAGUGGAACCAGCACAUCAACGGACUUCGACAUGAUGAAAACCGCCGGCAGCUGCUCAACAUGUAUCCGGACUGGGACCCUGGUAUGUCCUCCGGCAGAAGGUUCCACAGGAACUCACAUCUAGUGGCUCUGGUUCUGCAACUCUUCCAGUACUUUCUCCUGAAGACACAAUUCAAGCUAAGUCCCAGAACAUGUUCAGCUCUAUGUUUAAUGUUCCUCUGAGCUCCUUAUCUGAAACGCUCGUUAAACAGACCCUCUGAACUCUGAACUUGUUUCUGCUCUUCACAUUUACUCACCGUGGCCUCGUGUUUCUCUCAUUGUGUAACAUUAUAUCUGAGUGAUUCUAAAAGUGACCUUAAAGCGCUGUCAUCAUGUUUGUUGAUCUGUAAACAAAUCCUGCUCUCUUCAAGGUGUAUAUCAGUGUUUAGUGUCUCUCCUGUGCUCUAAUGUUGAAUGUGCGUUUAACCGUCUGUUUGUUGCCUCUC